AUGGCGCCACCAAAGAAGUCUAAUGUGUUUGACCUGGGCCUGGGUACGUGGAAUGCAAGUGCCCAACAGGAGAACCACAGUGCUCAGGCACCUUCCAGGGCUGUUGGCAAGCUGCCCGAGUACAAGGCGGUGGUUGUGGGUGCAAGUGGUGUGGGCAAGAGCGCACUGACCAUCCAGCUGAACCAUGAGUGCUUUGUGGAAGACUAUGACCCGACGAUCCAGGAUUCCUACUGGAAGGAGGUGACCCUGGACCAAGGGAGCUGCAUUUUGAAUGUGCUGGAUACAGCUGGGCAGACCAUUCAUAAGGCCCUGCGUGACCAGUGCUUGGCUGCUGGGGAUGGUGUGCUGUGUGUCUUUGCCCUCGAUGACCCCUCAUCUUUAACCCAGCUGCAGCAGAUGCGGGCCACCUGGGGCCCUCACUAUUCCCGGCCCAUUGUUCUUGUGGGCAACAAGUGCGACCUCGUGACCACCAAAGGAGAUGUUCAUGCUGCUGCUAUAGCCCUCGCAAAGAGCUGGGGGGCCCCUUUCGUAGAGACCUCGGCUAAAACACGGCAGGGUGUAGAGGAGGCCUUCACCCUGCUCAUCCAUGAGAUCCGAAGGGUCCGGGAAGCUGAGGCAGCGUCAGGUGGGGCUAAGUCCCGGCACCAUAAGACCAUGUGCCACUGUGGCUGUUCUGUGGCCUGA